AUCAAUAAAACAAAUACACAACAGAUAACGCAGUCUAUAAAGAGAACCAAAUAUUAAAACUCACCGCAAUUACCAUGAAACCAGUUACAACAGCCUUAAUUUUGUCAUUUUGUCUUUGGACUACCAAAGCUGAUGUUCGCAAUGCUCGCAUCAUCGACGGAGAAAUUUCACCUGAAGGCAAGUUUCCAUUCGCUGUUGCUUUCUAUUACGAAAAAGCUGGUGUUACAAACUUGUGUGGUGGAUCUCUCAUUAACAAAAAAUGGAUUUUAACAGCAGCCCAUUGUGUUCAAGAGUAGAACGCAUUCAACCCAUCCAGUUACCUACAAAAUCGCUCAAAGCCGGUGAAAAUGCCGUUGUUGUCGGCUGGGGAGCAACAAAAGAUGCGAGCCCUUUACCGGUACCUUCAAACACACUUUCUCACGUUGAGUUGACCACGAUUACUAACACUGCCUGUAUGAAAGUGUAUGGAGCCGUAAUUAGAGAUACUAUAGUUUGUGCAAGUGGUGAAGGAAAUCAAGGAAUGUGUCGGGGGGACAGUGGAGGUGGAUUGGUUCAAACUGACGCUGAAGGAAAUUAUGUUCUUGUAGCUGUUGCAAAUUUUUACGGAAGAGAAUGCGAAAAUACUUAUCCUUCAGGAUUUACAAGAACUUUCGACUAUUUGGAAUGGAUUCAAAAUGUGACUAGUAAUGUAGCAGAAGAUGACGAUAAUGAUACAAAUUCUGCUUCUUUUGAUUCAAAUUUGUUACUAGUAGUAACGUUUGUAGCUGUUGUAACGUUGAAGUUAAAUCAGUAAAAAUAAUUUGGUACA